AUGAUGAAUCCGCAACAAAUAUUGCAACAACAACAACAAAUGAUACAACAACAGCAGCAGCAAUUACAUCAACAACAAAUGCAACAACAACAAAUGCAACAACAGCAACAACAUCAUAUGCAACAACAACAACCAAUGCAACAUAUGCAACAACCACAUCAUAUGAUACAUCAACAACAACCAAUUAUAAUUCAACAACAUUUACAUCACCAAAUUCAUCCACAUAUUCAACAACAACAACAACAACAACAACAACAACAACAACAACAACAACAACAACAACAACAACAACAACAGCAACAACAACAACAACAACAGGUACAUCCAUCACAUUUACAACAACAGGUACACCACCCACAACUUCACAUGCAACAACACAUCCCUCAACAUAUGCAACAACAUCAUAUUAUGCAACAACAUCAACAAAUUCAUCAAAUGCAAAUGCAACAACAACAACAACAACAACAACAACAACAACAACAACAACAACAACAACAACAACAACAGCAACAACAACAACAGCAACAGCAACAGCAACAACAACAACAACACCAACAGCAACAACAACCGAUCCAACAACAACAUAUUGUUCAACAACAACCGAUUCAGCAACAACCGAUUCAACAACAUAUUGUUCAACAACCGAUUCAACAACAGAUUCAACAACAACCACAGAUUCAACAACAACAAAUACCCCAACCACAAAUACAGAUACCAUCUCAAAUUCAACAACCACUCCAACAACAACAGAUUCAACAACAACAAAUACCACUACCUCAACAAGUACCAUUAGCACAAACUCAACAACAACAAACAGCGCCAAUUCAACAACUACAACAACAACAACAACUACAACAACAACAGCAACAACAACAGCAGCAGCAGCAGCAACAACAGCAACAACAACAGCAACCACAACAAGUACAACAACCACAACAACAACAACAACAACAACAACCAGUUGCAAGAAGACCAAUACAAAACCCGUCAUAUCAUAGUCAAUCACAAAUUGGACAUCCAAUGAGGGGAGGAGGAUUGAAAAAAUAUGAGAUUCAAAAACCAGCAGAUAAAAAAGAGCUAGGACCAGAUUUAGGUGUUCCUGAUUUUUAUCCAUUAGAUGAUAAAUCAAAAGAAGAUACAUUACCACAAGAGUUUAUUUUAGGUGGUUUUUGUGAAAGAUAUCAACAUGACGAAUGUAAAUCAUCAAGUUCAAUUUUCAAAAAUUUUGAUUUUCCAAAAGUUAAAGAGCAAUUAUUACAAUCCAUUUAUCAAGUUGAAUGGAAGAAGAGUUCCACUCAAAAGAGUGGACAACCACCAGUUAUGAAUAAAAGUGGUAAUAAGAGACCAGUACCAGAACAAAAGGCAUGGUCAGCUAAUCAUAGAGAAAGUUGGGUAUUGAAACUGGCAGGUAAUGAACCACUACAAAAAUUAGCAUCAUCUGUACCACAUGGUUAUAAAGGUGAAACUUUGUUAAAGAUGUUUUUAGAUAACCAAGUACCAUUAAUUAGAGCAACUUGGUAUACUAAAAUUGUUUAUGGUAAUAUGCCAAAACAUAAAACAGUUGAACCAUCAAAUGAUUGGACAAAAACAAUUGUUCAAAGUUUAUUUGCAUUAAUUAGAAAUACAACAGGUGAAAAUAAUAGUAGUGGUAGUAGUAGUAGUAAUAAUGUUUUAGGGGGUAACAGUGGUAGUGGCGUUGUAAAGAAAGCAACCUCAAGUUAUACAGGUAUUUUAUAUAUAGAGAGAUUAAUUAAAUGGAAUUUUUCAGAGGGUUUAUUAAAUAAGGAUAUACUAUUAUCAAUGUUAAUAGAUCAUUUAAAUGAAACUGAUAGACCCGAGGAAGCAGUUUUAAUCUCAUCACUUUUAUUAUACUAUUCAGACACUUUAAUAUUAUCAACUUAUCAUUCUAUGAAAUUUUUAAAUAAGGCAUACGAAAAAUUAAUGAAAAUUACUAUAUCUUCUGCAGCAGCAGUAUCAGCAGCAUCAUCAUCAUCAUCAUCAUCAUCAACACAAUCAAAUAUAACAGCAUUAUCAAAUCCAAAAUUACAACAAUUAGGUCAUGGUCAUGGUCAUGGUCAUGGUCAUCAUAGUCAUAGUCAUUCUCAUAAUCAACAACAACCACAAUUAAAUAUAACAUCAACUCAAACAAUACCAUCAAUUAAUAGUAUUGCAAGUUCAUUAUCACCAUCCAAUCAAAAGAUUUAUUCUAUAUUAUGUAUUAUUUCUAAACAAAUUUCAAUGAAUUUACCAGACACAUUCAUGUCAUUCAAAUUCUUUAGAGAAUUGGUUAGUUUAAUUUGGCCUUCAAAUUUAAUCGAUAGAAUAGAAUAUAAUCAACUUUCAUUUGUAAAUAAUUUAAGAUUCACCGUAUCACCAGAAUAUAAAUGGAUAAAUAAAUAUUAUUCAGAAAUUAAUAAAAAUCAACAAACUCAAUUAAAACAAUUACGACAACAACAAAAUAAUAAUAUAGGUUUUAAAAAUAAUAAAAAUAAUAAUAGUAUUAUAAAUAAACAGAAUAACAUCACUAAUAAUAAUAAUAAUAAUAAUAAUAAUAGUAGAGGUGGAAUUAACUAUUCAAAUUUAAUUAAAUCAUUGGAUAGAUUUUAUACAACUUUUGAUUUAAAACUAUUAUAUCAUGAAAUUUUUGGAAAUGGUAAUCAAGUUUCAUUAGAGGAUGAUAAGGAAAAGAUUUUAUUAGUUUGUGAAUGGGCUUGUACAUCCUGUAGAAAUUAUCCAUUCUCUUUUUUAUCGGCAACUUCAAUUUUAAAAAUUUUUGAAAGAAAUUUAACAAUUAAAUUAAAUAAUAUAGUUUUAAAUCACCCAUUACAAAAUAUAUUAGUACAUUUUUUAGAAACAUUUAAACCAAAGAAUAUUGAAUUAAAAAGGAUUUGUCAACUUUUUUCAGAGUUAAUUAGAAAUGAAAUAUUUAGUCAAAAUUCUUAUGCAAGAUAUUUAAUUUCAAGAGGUAUUUUAGAGAAUAGUAAUAUUAAUAUUAAUGGUAAUCACAAUGGUGAUAAAAAUAAUAAUAUCAAUGGAAGAUUAGAGAAUAAUAAAUAUCAUAAAUAUUAUUUAAAAGAGUUUCCAAUCUUUAAUAGGAAUGAUUUUCCAUCUUAUGAUAUUCAUCAACAAAGAAAUCAAAGAAGAACGAUUCUGUUUCCAAAUACUAUAAAAUCACAAGAGGAAAUUAAUAGUAUGGAACAAGCUCGAAUUUCUGUUAAAUCUUUUAUUUUAAAUAGUGCCAAUAGUAAUAAUGAAAAUGAUAAUAAUAGUGAUAUGAUGGUUGAUGGUGGUGGUGGUGGUGGUGGUGGUGAUAAACAAAAUAUUGGAUUAAUUCAAUUAUCACAAAUUAUUCAAUCAUUAUCAUUUUAUAGUCAAAUUUCAUUAACUGAAUGGUUGUCAUUAUGUUUAAGAUUAAAUUUUAAUAAUCCAAGUAAUGAUGAUAAUAAUAAUAAUAAUAAUAAUAAUAAUAAUCAUCAUCAAUUAUCAGAUUAUUCAAUGAAAGGAUUUAGACAUUUUUCAUUUCCAAUUACACAAUUUUAUAUAGAGAGAGUUUUUAUAAUUAUGGAAUCAGUUUCAAAUUAUCAUUCAAUAUUACAAUGUUUAUUAGUUUUAUGGGAUAAUUGGAAUAAUAUUAAAGAGUUACAAAGUUUUGUAUUUUAUACAACGAAAAGAUUACAACAGGCAUUCAUUGUAUCUGAUCAAUUCAUAUCACUAUUGGAUAUAAUCUAUAAGAAAGUUAUUAAUUUAAGUAGGAAUAAUAAUAAUAAUAAUAAAAAUAAAAAUAAUAAUAAACAAAGUAAUAAUAUAAAGAAAGAAGGAACUAAUGGUGAGGAACAAGAGAGUGAUGAUGAUGAUGAUGAUGACGAAGACGACGACGACGACGAUAACGAUGAAAACGAUAAAGUUAACGAUAACGAUAAUGAAGAAGAUGAUGAAGAAGAUGACGAAGAUGAAGAUGAAGAUGAAGAUGAUCAAAUGGAUGAAACUAAAGAUUCAAUUAAACAACAACAACAACAAAAAUCAAAUGAAAAUUAUAUUGAAUCAUAUUUGUAUGAUAUAUUAAAUAAGUUUAAAUCCAUUAAAUCAGUUCAAAUUUGGAUAAAAAGAAAUAAUGUACAAUGUAAAUUAAAGAAAGAAUUGAGUAACGAUAAAAAUAUGAUAGAUAAAUCUGAAUUAAAGAAUAGUUGCGAUUUUAUGAUUGAUCAAGUUUUAUCAAUAAAAAAUCAAUUAAAACAAGAACAAGAACAACAAAAUUGCGAAAUUAUUAAUAAUAUUAUAAAGAGAUUUGAUGAAGAGUUAAUUUCAAAUAAUCUUAUUAAUUCUUUGAUGAAUCAAUUUAAAACAAAGGUUUCAAAUAUUUUAUUAGGAUGUGAAAAUGGUGGGAGUGGUGGUGGUGGUGGUGGUGGAAAUUUAUCAGAUCAAGAUAUUUGUGAAGAAUUUAUGAAAUCAUUGAUUUCAAAAACUAUAGACGAUAAUAAAAAUAAUGACAAUAAUAAUAAUAAUGAAAAUGAAAAUAAUAAUAUUAUUAGUAAAACUAUUAUUAUUAUUAAACAACAAAUGGUAUUAUCAAGAUUAUUAUGUUUAUUUUCAAUAGUUUAUCCAAUUUCAAUGAAUGGAAAACAAUUAUUCCUAAGAUUAUUUAAAGAUCAACUUUCAAUCAUUUUAAAAACUUUUAUCAAUAGUAAUGAUAGUAUGGAAAUCCAAGAGAAAUACUUUUUUAAGGUUAUAUUAUUAUUGGUAACAUUAAUAUUGAAUCAAUAUAUUGAUCUUUAUUCAAUUAUGGUUUAUUCAAUUUUACCAUUAUUACAAUCCAACGAAAUUGAAUCUGAUGAAGAUUGCAAAGUUUGGUUUUUAAUCAAAAUUAUUCAAGUUUUAUUAUGUGAUGGUAAAUUGAUUCAAUUUGUUUAUAAAGAUAUCUUUAUUGAUAAUAAUAAUAAUAAUCAUCAAUCAAAUCAAGGUGGUGGUGGUGAUAGUGGUAAUAAUAAUUUAACAAAUUUAAAAACAAUUAUAAAUCAUCAAGUUAUUUCUUUGAAUUUAACUAAUAAAUCAAAGAUUUCAUCAUUAUCUGAAAUAUUUCAAACAAUUUGUAAACUUUAUCAUCAAUAUCAUGAAAAGAUAAAAGAUACAAUCGAUGAUGACAAUAAUAAUAAUAAUAGUAAAAAUGAAUUAUCAACAUCAAUAUUUCAAGGUAUUUGUACAAUUUUAACAGAUCCAGAUUCAAGAUAUAUAUUUUUAAAUAGUUCUCAAAUCGAUAAAAUAAAACAACUUGGUUUAGGUCCAAUUGAAACUAGAUAUUUAUUCCAUUUGAUUUUAGGUAAUUUAAAGAAUGAUCAUGAUGAUAAUAAUGAAAAUAAUAAUAAUAAUAAUAAUAAUAAUAAUAAUAAUAAUAAUAAUAAUAAUAAUAAUAAUAAUAAUAAUAAUAAUAAUAAUAAUAAUAAUAAUAAUAAUAAUAAUAAUAAUAAUAAUAAUAAUGGAUUUAAUUUUAAAAUUAAUAAUUCAAGAAUUAUAAUACAAUAUGAACAAUUGAAAUUGGAGAAUUGUAUAACUUAUUCAUUUAAGGUUAUAAAUUCAACACUUACAAACUCUUCAAAUUGUUAUUGGAAUAUUCAUUUAUCUUAUAUUGGUUUGAAACUAUUAUUAGAUGAAUGGAAAACUUUACCACCAAUCAUUUCAACUCAAAGUAGUACAACCUCACCAUUAACUAAAUCACCUUCUCAAUCACCAACUUUACAAAGUCAAGAUUUAAAUUCAACUAAUUCAACUUCACCAACAUCAAAACAAUCACAACAACAACAACAACAACAACAACAAAAAUCAACUACACCAACUCUAACACCAGCAACAACAACGACAACAACAACAAAUAACACUACUACAUUUACACCAGAAUCAAUUAUAACACAAUUUAUAUUAUUACAUUUUGAAGAGAAUAGAGGUUGGGAAAGAGUAUUUAUUUAUGAAGAUCUAUUUUUAUUAUUCCCAUUGGAGGUUAGAAAUGAAUUGAUUAAAAUAUCAACCAUUAUAUUAGAAUCACAAUAUAAAGAGACAAGUUUCAUUCAACCAUCAACAGACUUACCAUUGAUUAAACAUAUUCAACAAAAUUUACCAAUUAGUCAAUUAUUGAAACAACAACCUCAACAAUAUCAAUUAAUUUUAAAUCGAGAAUCUAGUGGUACCAACAAAGCUGUGUUGAUCAAUGAUGAUAAUCUUGAUAAUAUUCUAUUUCAAGAAUCAUUCACUGAUAUCAUUAUUAAUAUUUUAAGUACUUAUGAAGAUUCAAAUCCAAUUUCAAAUAGUUUUAUAUUAUCUCUAUUUAAACAAUUAUCAAUGUUUAAUCAAUUCUCAAAGGGUGGCGUUUUGGAUACUAUAAAUUUGGAUUCAACAUUAUCAGAGAUUGUAAUUCAAUCAGUCGUCAUUAGAAUUACAUUUUUAAUCACUCAAAUUAAAAAUUGUAAAUUAAUUGUAAAACAAUCAACUCAAAAACUCGAAGAGAUUUCAGUUACCCUCUUAAAUUUACUCUCGAAAUUCAUCAUUCAAUCAGACGGUGAAUUCAAUUUAUUCGAUCCAAUUUUAACAAUUUUUGAUUUAAUUUUAUCUGAUAAAUUUGGUAAUGAUAAUAUUUUAAAUUAUUCAUCAUCGUCUUCGUCGACUACUACAACUUCAACAACUUCAACACCAGUAACUUCAUCACCUUCAACUACCACCACAGCAACAACAAAUCAACAACAGCAACAACAACAACAACAACAAGCUGAUCAAAAGAAUAAUGUAAAAAAGAAGUUACAUGAACUUUAUCAAAAAAUAAAAUCAUCAUUCCCAACUUCACUACAACUUAAAUUGGAGAAACAACUCUCUUUCCUUUCAACAAAUCCAACUAGUUUACCAUUUACUAUUAUUCAUCCACCAACUUUGGUUAAUACUUCUUCAGUAUCAUCAACAAAUACAUCAAUACAAUCAACUACAUCACCAAUUAUAGCGCCAGUAACGCCACCUUCAAACUUUAAUUUACAACAACAAACAUCCCAACAACAACAACAACAGCAGCAGCAGCAACAACAACAAUCACAACAACAUCAACAACAACAACAAACACCUCAACAACAACAACAAUCACAACAACAGCAACAACAGCAACAACAACAAACAGCCACAACAGCAUCCACAGCAUCUCAAAUACCACCUCAGGCAGUUUCAAGUAUUUUAGAUAUUAAACCAACCUAUACACAAAUGGACCCUUGGACAUUGUUAGAAGAUUACUCUGAAACACCAUUAUCUCCCUCAAUUUAUGGUGGUGUUAAGAUGGAGAGAAAGGAAUUAACUUACAUUAAAUCCUCUUUUCCUUCAAAAAAUAUGGCUUUGGUUAAUGAACCAGUCGAUCAAAAACUAUUGGCUCAAAGAAAGUCUCAAGUUCAAGAAAUUGAAAAACAACAACAACAGCAACAAAUUAAAUCACAACCAUCUACUCCUUUAACCUCUUUACCACCACAACAGCAUCAACAAUUACAACCACCACCUCCACAAUUGCAACAACAAUUAAAUCAACAACAACAAAGACAGCAACCACCACAACAACUACAACAACAAAAACCACAAACUCAGCAACAACAGCAGCAGCAACAACAGCAACAACAACAGCAACAACAACAGCAACAACAGCAACAAACUCAAAAACAACCUCAACAACCUCAACAACCUCAACAAUCACAACAAUUUCAACAAUACCAACAAUUUGAACAACAACAACAAGCUCUACAAUUUCAUUUGAACCAACAGAAAAUGCAACAACUUCAACCACAACAAUUAAACCAACAGCAAUUAAAUCAACAACAAUUAAAUCAACAAUUAAAUCAACAACAACAACUAAACCAACAACAAUUUCAAUUACAUCAACAACAACAGCAACAAUUAAAGCAACAACAACUUCAACAGCAACAACUUCAACAACAAAUUCAACAACAACAACAACAACAACAGCUUCAACAACUCAUUCAACCACAGCAAUUUCAACAACAAAACUUAAAAAGAAACUUUAAUAACCUUUCACAACCACCAUUACCACAACAACAACAACAACAACAAAUACAUUUACAACAACAACAAAUACCACAACAACACCAACAAAUACCACAACAACAACAACACCAACAACAUCAACAACAAAAAUGUAGUACAACAAAAUACAACAACUACAAAUAA